CUGCCCCGCGCCCCUCCACUACUCUUCUCAUCCUCUAGAUCUGCAUCUUCUACACUGAUUGUUGAAUCUGUCGUCGUGAUGUCGGGGAAGAAAACAGACAGCACAGACUCCGCACAGCAACCCUGGGCAGGCACCAGGUUCACCUUCAGACAGACAUCCGCAAGAACAUCCACAUCCACAUCCGCCUUCCAUCUCUCUUCACAAUCCACCACAGAUGAAGCAAUACUAUCGCCCCGUUCACACUCCCUGCUCAACACCACACUUCCUCGUCACUCUUUACUCUCUCUCUCAGAUGCAUGCGCUAUGGAUCUCGACCGCGUCGCCGCCCCUCGCCUCAUCACCCUUGACAGCAACAACAGUAAAGAUGAUCAUUCGGAUAUAUACGAACAAGCGCGUCGGUUGAAAAAGCGACGCAUUCAAUCUGAUCACCAUCAGCACACACCAGCGAGAAAGUCAACUAGAAGGACCAGACAAACCCAGUCGACUUCAACAUCAGCACCCUCGGAAGAAGUCUACACCGGCUCACCCACCAGCUUUCUCGCAUUCACAGAUCCUGUACCAUCACCCUCCUCCUCCUCCUUAACAGCUCCUGCAAAACUUGCUGCUUUAUCUUCAUCUCCGCGGAAACGCAAGGCUGACGAUAUGCUGCGCGACACGCUCACAAAUACAAGUCCGCGGAAACCUCACCCCCCGCGUCCAGCCACCUCCAAACCAUCACACCCCGCCCUCCUUGUGAUCCACGUCGACACCGACGAGGAAAUGGGCGACGGCGACGGCGACAGCAACAGCAACGGCGACGGAGACGGAGAUGUGUCGAUGGGGAUCGCGGACGAGCGGGCUGCUUCAUCUAAUGCGAUGAUGACGCGGGUCGCGAGCGAGCUUGUCGAUCCGGAGUUGCUGGUGGCUGUAUUUGGCUAUUAGUUUCCCCUGAGUUUUUAUAUUGCUGUUUUUUAAUUUCUAUUCUGUUUGUGUAUUAGAUUGUGUAUUAGGAGUGGGCUUAUCUUGUAUAUUAGGAGCUAGAAGGGAAAGGGGGAGGCGUUUGAUUUGUCAGUGUUCAGUGUGUAGUGUGUAGUGUGUAGU